CCGGGGGGUGCGGGCUGAGCUCAUCGCUGGCUCCCCGGCGCUCCUUACCAGUGGCUUCUGCGGUCACAUGGGUUAUGUGCUGGAGUUUAAAAGAGCUUAUAGCCCCCGAGCCGGUGCAGAAGCAGCCGGUGGUUGCAUGGGGUAGCGCUGGGAGCGGAGGCGAGGAGGGCGCCGAAGCUGUCUCAGCACCUUUCUCUCGUGAAGACCUGGGAGAGUAAAGGCAUCCUUCUACGGGGACCUUCUCAGCACCUCCAGUGGUUUUUAGUCUUCGUUCUGCGCUCCUUCCCUGCAAGCGUGACGCCUCUGUCCUCUCGGGUUGAUGCGAAGGCCCUCCUGCUUUCCUGAGUAAGAAAACCCCAGACCUGAGCGGUGAGGGUUGGUCAAGCAGCCAGAAGAAUCUCCCGGAAGUUGAUGAGAAAGUGAGGACUCCCCAAGGACUCUGGACUGGUUGAGAGAUGGCUAACCCUAUCCCGUCAGCCUGCUGCGUAGUGCUUGCCGUGGUGGUGGUGGUGUACGCCCAGAGACACAGCCAGCAGGACAUCCAGUAUGAGCGGGUAGGUGCAGAUGUGACCAUGAAGUGUGGCUCCAUGGACUGGGAUGCAACUGUGACCUGGACUGCCAAUGGCACGGACAUCGAUGAGUCCCACCUGAAUGGAUCCUACCUGAUCCUGAAGAAAGUUGACCUGACGCAGAGUGGCCAGUAUUCCUGCUAUGAGGGCUCCUCCUGGCACCUCAAAUACCAGACCUACCUGAGGGUGGGAACUCCCCCAAAGGAGCCAUUGCUGAUGUGCCGGUCCAACAACUACCCCAAGGGUUUCUACUGCAGCUGGCACCUGCCCACUCCCACCUACAUCCCCAACUCCUUCAACAUCUCUGUCAUACAUGGCACGAAAGAGAUGGUCUGCGAGAAGGAUGUCUUUCCCAAAAACAGGUGUCACAUCAGAUACCUCCAGCUCUUCUCAACGGUGAAGUACAAGGUGACUCUGACAGUCACGAAUGCUCUGGGCAAAAACUCCACCACUCUCACUUUCGACGAGUUCACCAUAGUAAAGCCAGACCCUCCAGAGAACGUGGUGGCCAAGCCUGUGCCAAAUAACCCUCGGAGGCUGGAGGUGUCCUGGCAAAAUCCCUCAUCCUGGCCUGACCCCGAGUCUUUCCCACUCAAGUUCUUCCUGCGAUAUCGGCCCCUUAUCCUGGACCAGUGGCAACACGUCGAGCUGUCAGAUGGAACAUCACACACCAUCACGGAUGCCUAUGCUGGCAAGGAGUACAUCAUCCAGGUGGCAGCCAAAGACAACGACAUCGGCACAUGGAGUGACUGGAGCGUGGCCGUCCAUGCUACCCCCUGGACGGAGGAGCCCAAGCAUCUCACCACGGAGGCCCAGAUUGCAGAGACAACAAGCGCUAGCACCUCUUCUUUCAUGCCACCACCCACCACCAAGAUCUGCGACAAGGGGGCCGUGGUGGGCAGCGGGGCUGUGGCAGUGUGUUGGACAGCUGGACUGGUCUUGGCUGCCUAUGGUGUCCUCUUUAUUUAAUGCCCAUCUGUCCGUCACAGCCCAGCGCAGACGCCUUCCCACCACCCACCACUGCCACCACUCCUACCCACCGCCCUUCUCCUGGGUUGAGUCUCUUAUCUCUUCGAUUUUGCACACGUUGAGGACGUAUCACGCUUCUCAUCAUCACUUCGGAGGAGGACAGAGCUGCCACCGUCCCCUGGGGAGCCACAAAAUCCCAGCCCAGAAUGAGGAGAUGCACUUGUUCCCCUAUCCCCCAUUUUUGUCCCCCUUUCCCCAGCAAGGUGAAGCGAGCCCGGGCACUGCGCCGCAGCCAAGGACCCCGCUCAUACAGCUAACCCCCCCACGCCAAAGACGUGCCCGCCACCCCGCCGCCUACUCGGGUGACAGGGAGCAUGACGGCGCACCGAGAAAAGGGGAUAUGAAAAUGGGGGGGUGGUGAGGGGAAAGAUGCUCCUAGCUGUGUAACCCCCCUAUGGCAGAAGGGGUUCCCCCAAGGACCGGACUCGCUCCCCCAAGCUCUUGACCAUGUGGCGAAGCUGGAGGGGUGCAUGGGUGGGGGUCUUGGUCCUCUUCGAGGGGAUGAUGGACAGAAAAGCUGGUGGCUUUUCUAAGUGUGGUGGGAAGCAGGGAGCUGGCAGGGUUUUAAAGGAGGAAAAAAAAUGGAAAUGGAACACUGAUGAACCCCCCUUACCCCUUGCCAAGCACCUGGGAGAGCUGCCCAACUGGUACCCCCCCGCAGCAGCCUGCAGGAGCCUUCGCCACCCCCAUCCCCAUCCCCACAUCCCCCCUCAAACUUUUAACCAUGUUGGAUACAGGGAAUCACCCCGAUUGACGUCUUUGUCUCAUUCUCCUCCAAAAGCAGAAUAGCUCUGCUGUUGCCUUUAGAGCUGGAGCCCUGCAGACCUAUGCCCCACUGUCCCCUGCUGUCCCUGCUGCCCCCAUGCCUGCUCUGCUCUCCUCCCCAAGCCCUGUUUUGUAAAGACACCUUCUCUUGCCCCUGCCUGGACCCAAGCGCAGUAUUUAAUACCGUACGUCCUAGUAUUCCCACUGUUGACAUGCUGUAUUUGAAUUUUUUAUAGAUGUAUAUAUAUAAAAAAAAAAAGAAUAAAAAAAAAGUAAUAAAGGGGAUAAAAAAAGCUCACAUGGAGACAAUGCACACACGCACACACAUGCACCACGAGAAACGG